CCUUGCGCUGUAGCAUCAUUUCUUCCCGGCACCAAGAAAGUUGGCAUUAGCCUCCAACACCCAGCAACCAUGUCUUACCAGGCAAGACAGCCUUGCACGGCUCCUCCUAUUUAUCAAGAAACCUCUGCAUCACCGUAUAUCCCCCAAUGCAGUGACCCCAGUCCAUGCUCUGAAGGAGCUUCGGCUUCGUCUUACCAAUAUACCCAACCUUCCGUUCCUCCACCCUGCUGCCCUCAGUCGAGCCCCACAGAAAUCCUGGAUGCAAGCACAUCGCCAUGUGUGUCCUUCCAUACCGUCAUUGAUGGAGAAACACUUACGGAGGUGUCUUCUCCCACGCCGUGUGAGUCGGCCACAACUCAACCACAACCAACCCUCCCCCAGCCAAGUCCAGUCGAAAUCAGGGAGACACCCAUUUCGCCUUGUGUGGCCGUAUAUGCCACUGAACCCUUGGAGGGACCCGAAGCCCCACGUGAAGAACCAACGCGGAAUUACGUAAUGCCAGGCUCCAUCGUGAUCUUGGAUCCGUCUGGUACCAUCACGGUGAAGCCGGGUCCGGAUGAUGAAGAGGAAUGUUCAGGAGCAAGAGAGUCUGUCUUUGUGGCACCCUACACGCCUCACUUCUCAUAAAAGGAACACUCAGGGUGCACCUACGCUGCAGAAUUAAUGCAUCUAGAGAUUGCUUUAACUGCCAUGGCUCAAUGCUAUGGGUUCCUGGGAGCUGUAGUUUGGUGCAUCUACACCAGUGGUUCCCAAACUUUGGUCCUCCAGGUGUUUUGAAUUUCAGCUCCCACAAUUCCUAA